ACGUAUCUAACAUUCGUAGGCAAAACGUCCAAAAUGGCCGACACCAGUACAACAGAAAAACCAGUGUGCAGUUUUUUCAAGAAAAGAGGCAAACAACAGACAAGGCGAAGAAAACACAGUGAAUCCAGCAGUGGCAGCAACAGUGAUGAUGCAGCAGUUGUUAAGAAAAAGGAAAAGAAAAGAUCCUUCAAAAAUCCCAUGAUGCAAUCAACAGGAAGAUUGAAGGUUAACCAGGACCACCAGUACAGCAGUGAGAGUGAAGAAGACAAAAUAACUGUCAGCUUUAAGUCAACUCGGUCAGGGAAACGACAAGGUCCAACAGAUAUGGGUGCAACAUCCAUUGUGGAGAUAGACACAGCAAUAGAACAAGAUGCCCAGGCAAUAUUUGAGAAAUCACAACAGAUCAACAAGGAAGGCAAAGGGAAGGAAGAUGACAAGGUGUAUAAAGGACUGAAUAAUUAUCAGGUGUUCUACGAGAAGAGGGAUACAGCACAGGGAAAUGCUUCCAGUGGGAGUGUCAGAAAAGGACCAAUCCGUGCGCCAGCCAACCUCCGCGCCACAGUAAGAUGGGACUACCAACCUGACAUCUGUAAAGACUACAAGGAGACAGGAUUCUGUGGAUUUGGCGAUUCAUGUAAGUUUUUUCAUGACCGAGGUGACUACAAGCAUGGCUGGCAGUUGGAGCGAGAGAUGGAGGAAGGGAGAUAUGGAAAGAAUGACGAGGGAAACUAUGAGAUAAGUAGCGAUGAAGAGGAACUGCCAUUCAAAUGUUUCAUCUGUCGAGAGUUCUUCACUGACCCAAUUAUAACAAAAUGUAAACACUACUUCUGUGAGAAAUGUGCCCUUAGCCAGUAUAGGAAGUCCAAGAGGUGCUUUGUGUGUGGUGAACAGACCAUGGGAGUGUUUAAUCCUGCUAAAGAUUUAAUUGCUAAAAUGAAGAAAGGAAAUGUACAAAAAGACAAUGUAGAUACCAGAGGUCAGAGUGGAGGAGGCAGUGAUAGUGACUGAUGUAACAGUGUAUAGGACAAUAAUGGGAGAGGCACUAAUGAACAUGUGCUAUAAGUAUUCUUACUAUAGUUUGCAAUGAUAUAUAUUUUCAAGGCUGGUGGUGUGAAUUCAUCAUUAGUUGGUGUGUCACUCUUGAUAGUACUACAACCUGGUGACAGUGACAAAGGAGUGAUAAUCUGCACUAACAAUUGUUGAGAAAAAUAUAGGAAUUGUUGAAAAAAGAUUGAUGGACUUAUAUGGAGACUGGUAAGCAAAACCUGCAGAUCUUACUACAGACCUGAUAAGCUGAUUUCUAGAUCUUACAACUCUGGUUCAUUAUUUCAGUCCUUAGAAACACUGCUGUUGAGUUUUGACAAUAACUUUUGUAGACAAUUCUUAAGUCAUGUAUUUAUUUUGAUGAUCAUAUCACAAUAUGUUUGCUUCCCUUAUUGUACUAUUGUACUAAGCCCAGGGAAGUUACAUUUACGGAUCCAUUAACAACAAUUAAAAAAAAAAAUCAAAGCAUUCAUAUACAUCUGGCCAUAGUUUUCACUGUAAGAUGUGAAUAUCCUGUUGUAAUUGUGUUUAAUACAUACCAUUUGUACAUUUUGUAUCUAUAUGAUGUACAUGUAUAUGAAAUACAAAAGUAUGAUACAGGUGUUCAUAUCAUCUAGAAACUAACUACAGUAAUUACUAGUGAUUUGGUGCUAUAGAUCAUGAGUUUGAGGUCAAGACAGGGCACAAGUAAAAACUAUUGCCUUAAUUUGUCUUUUGUAUUUCUAUAUAUGUUAUUAUAGAAUGCAUUGUACAAUA